AUGGCAAUCCCAUUGGUGCUAUCCCUCGUGGUGUUCUCCUUUCUCUCCGGUGGCGCCACCACCGCUUUCGGUUACUAUGUGCCGUUUAUGUACUUCGGGCCAAUUCUUUCUGCCAUCGGCGCUGGACUAUUGACUACAUUUACCACAUCCACCGGCCAUCCCCAAUGGAUUGGCUACCAAGUCAUUUAUGGUGUGGGAAUUGGAGCCGGUAUGCAGAUGCCCAUGAUUGCGUCCCAGACAGUCCUUAAUGUGGAUGACAUCCCAGUGGGUACUUCCGUUAUCAUUUUUGCCCAGACUUUGGGAGGUGCAUUGUUUGUAUCGGUCGCACAAAAUGUCUUCGGGAACUCUCUCGUGAAAGGUGUUCUGCAAGGAUCGCCAGGUCUCGAUCCCGGUUACGUGAUGCAAGCGGGGGCCACCGACCUGGGGUGGAUAAUCCCUUCCCAGCAUCUCCUGGCUGUCCAAAAAGCAUAUAAUCAUGCGUUGGCACAAACGUUCUAUGUCUCUGUCGCUUUGAGCGCGCUCUCCAUUGUUGGAGCGGCCGGAAUGGAAUGGAGGAGCGUUAAAGGGAAAAAGGAGGUGGCUCCGCCAUGA